AUGGAGCUGACGGCGGCUUUCGUGACAUACCAGUUGGAGCACUUGCAUCACUUGUUUGCUCUUGUCUGCAUUGUUGCCGUCGUCUACAAGUUGAGCACCUUGCUUUCUAAGAGGGCAGCGACUUUGCGACUCACCGAGAAUUUUCCAGGACCACAGAGACACUGGCUUUUUGGAAACUUAAUGGAAUUUAAAAAAGGAGAAGAGUUUAACAAAGUCUUGAAAUGGACCCAGCAGUACCCUUACAUCUUCCCAUUUUGGUUCGGCCCCUUUGUGUGUUCCUUCAUCAUUAACCAUCCAGAUUACGUAAAAACCAUUCUGACGUCAUCAGAGCCAAAGGAUGAUUUUGCAUAUAAAUUUAUCGAGCCCUGGAUUGGGGACGGGCUGUUGGUGUCAAAAGGCCACAAGUGGUUUAAGCACAGAAGGCUCAUAACCCCGGCUUUUCAUUAUGAUGUUCUAAAACCAUACGUAAAGCUGAUGUCAGACUCUGCCCAGAUUAUGUUGGACAAAUUGGAAAAUUACGCAAUCACCAACGAGUCCUUUGAGGUGUUUGAACAUGUGAGCAUUAUGACACUAGACAGCAUUAUGAAGUGUGCCUUCAGUCACAACAGCAACUGUCAACUGGAGAGUGGAAAAAAUGCAUACAUCAAAGCAGUGUACGAGCUCAGUAUUCUGACUAACAAGCGUGCACGGACGUUUCCAUACCACAACAACCUGAUCUUCUACCUGAGCCCAGUUGGCUACAAAUACAGAAAGGCAUGCAAGGUGGCCCACGAUCACACAAAUAACGUCAUAAGAAAGAGGAAAGAAGCGCUGAAGGACGAGAAGGACUACGAAAGCAUAAAGCACAAGAGACACUUAGACUUUCUGGACAUUCUUCUCCUUGCAAGAGAUGAGAACCAGCAGGGUUUGUCAGAUGAAGAUAUGCGUGCAGAGGUGGACACCUUCAUGUUCGAGGGCCACGACACCACAGCCAGUGGCAUCACUUUUAUCCUCUACAGUCUGGCCUGCAACCCAGAGCACCAGAAGAUGUGCAGGGAGGAGAUCAAUCAAGUCCUGGACGGCAAGGACACCAUGGAGUGGGAGGAUCUCAGUAAAAUCCCAUACACGACGAUGUGCAUAAAGGAAUCCCUCCGUCUCUUCCCUCCUGUACCGGGAAUGUCCAGAAAAAUCACCAAACCUUUGACUUUCUUUGAUGGAAGGACUUUGCCUGCAGGGACACAGAUCGGAACGAGUGUGUUCGCGAUUCACAGGAAUGCAACAGUUUGGGAAAACCCCGAUGUUUUUGACCCGCUGCGUUUCCUACCCGAGAAUGUUAGAAAGAGGUCCCCUCAUGCUUUUGUGCCUUUCUCAGCUGGUCCAAGAAACUGCAUCGGUCAGAACUUUGCCAUGAAUGAGAUAAAAGUGGUGACAGCACUGGCACUGAAGAGAUACCAUCUGAUAGAAGACCCCACAAGGAAACCCAAGAUCUUUCCCAGACUGGUUAUGCGCUCUCUCAACGGCAUCUACAUCAAGAUCAAACCAGUAGAGCCAGGAGAGUGAAGAGAGAUGACCACAGGAAACACUGGACCCGAGUCAGAGAAGGGGACACUUUGUGAAGCUUUUACAAUUUCUGAUAUUUGAAAAGCUUUACGCUGAUAUCGAAUCACUAACUGAUUUUAUUUUCAUAGACAUUAAGAGGGAAAUUUACUUUGUAGUUGCACUAAUGAUCAUUUAUCAUACCACAGAAGGUUUUAAGGUUGCACUUUAUUUUUGGAAAAAGGAAUUAAGCUUCAGUAUAUUGUGCUAUGACAUAAAUAAAUAUAGAAAUAGAAAUACAUCUUUGAAAGUAAACCUUUAAAUGCUUCAUUUGAAAAUGCACUAUAAUAGAUAAUUUACUGUACGUUCUUAAAAUUCAAAAUGCAGGAAUUCAAUAUACUUCAUUUUAUGAUAACUCAGCAUUUUUAUAAAGCUCACUGACAUUUUGUCGGUUCAGUUAUUUAAUUUCUAUGAAGACUUAAACAUUAACCAAGUUUACUAUCUAAGUGUUAAAGAUUCAUCUCUGGAAGAAGGUUGUUAAAGUUUCCUUUUUUUUUUUAAAUGAGGUCCAAAGUAUACCUGGACACACACACAAAGAGGUAUAUUGUGUCGAAUCAAUCCGCAGAUUUAUGUCGUAGAUAAGUGUGCAGUAUAGCAGUUAAUUCACAUUGGAUCACAUUCGUUCUCAGUCUGUGAUGUUUGUUCAAAAUUCUCCGAGAGCUUUCAGGGUUUAAAUGGCUGAAUUAAGUGUAAAGGCUUAUGAGUCAAAAGUAGUUCAUUUUUUAUUUACAGUUAUAGGAAUACAAAAUUCACACUCCCACAAGGGCAAAAAGUCAUCAGCAGAUUGUAAAAGUAAAAGUCCUCCAUGUUCCUUGAUCUCCACCCUUUUACAACUCAUUUUAAGAUUCUAUGAAAUGGCCAAAUGAGCUGUGCAUUUUCUGUGAUGAUGUCACACUGCAUUAAAGAGUUAAACUUCACAGAAAAUAUUUAUGUAUGCAUUUAGUAUCAACUUAACUUUCUCCAGAUAAAUACCAGCCCUAUAAUUCACAUCAAGGUUGAGAGCUGAACUACCAAGACAACCUCUUAAAAGAAGAAAGUUGUUUCUGUGGUGGCCUCUUGGUUUGACAACAUUUCACACAAGACCACAGCGCGCUCCGGCUGAGGACUUUUAAUGACUGUCCUGGUUUCUCCAUUCAUACUUAUCUUACUAUGUUUUCUGCUUCUGUGCAAACACAGGUGACACCUAUGUCACAAAUCAGUCCAGGGUGAAACAAAACAAAUUAUAAGGACACCGUUCAAGCUGCCCUGCACUCUAUUGCAAGUGGAUAAGCUAACAUGCUACUUGACCAUUAAAUUAUACUUACGAAAAUCAAGAACUUUCUUUUUUAAACUAGCUCUUUAUUGUGCAGCAAAGUUGGUAUUUGUUAAUAUGCUGUCUUUACUGUUAUUACUAAUGAGAGACAAUGUAUUUGACAACAUAGACAACUGUAAGGUCCUUGUAUUUACAGUCUACUGGUGCCCAACAUUUCAUCAAAAGCCAAAGAAAAAUAGGAUCCAUAUACCGUUUGUUUAGGGGAAAUGGCUUUUUAUAUGCAGAACAAUAUACUAUAAGCUUGUGAGACUAUUUCAUGGGGUGCAACAUGUUUUUUUUUCCCCAACAAUGUUAAGGUUAGUUCAACUGGUCAUUGCAACGGCACCUGCAAGUCUGCAGCCAAAUGUUCUGUGCUCAAGUCACCAUCUAAUGGCUUAUAGGACAAAUAAAAGACACUUUGGUUGACGUCA